UAAAAAUAUUGAAAUAAUUUUGCACACUGAAAAUUAAGUGGAACAUACAUAAUACAUAUUUGGAGCAGAAACCAAAGUGUACCAAAGUGUAGAUAUGUUUCCGUUUGGUUUAAUAGUGUAUCGCUUGUUGGUUGCUACAUCAGCCGUUACGUCAUUCGUUGCGCUGCAUAUGACACUGACACAUCUCUCCAUUUCGUGCAUACUCGGAAAUGAAAUCGCGAUGGAUGUUUAUGUGAACAUUACAUUUUUACCAGUUUGCACCAUUACCAACAUUUCGCUCAUUAUUAGUCUAAUCGUUUUUUAUAACAAAGGGAUGGACAAUAUAAUUUACCAAUUCCAUAUAUUGCAAACUUUUGGUUUAAUGGCGUCGGGAUCAUAUCAGAUCAUUUCGUUUUGGAGAGGAUGUGAAGCCACCUAUUUGUAUCCACUUCAUGUUGCUGGCAUUAUAACAUAUGUAACUGGCUUGGUUAACAUGUUUAUAAUCUAUUUCGGCCCAAAAAAAAUAAAUAUGGUUGAUGCUGAAGCAAUGAUGAAUGAGGAUUGGGCCGUACCAGAUUAAAUGUAUUAUGUUUUAAGAUUUUU